UGCUCUCUGGGCGAAAUGACUGUGGCAUGAGACUGAGCCAGUCGUCCGGGGGAGCGCCAGCCAGCAGGUCUUGACUGUUGGUGUGAAUAUGAGAGGAAGUCAGAUGUGUUAACCUGGUAGUCAGCCGGUGUACAGGCCGCUGCACAGCAGCAUCCAUCUAAGCGGGACUGCCCGACCGGCCCGGCGGCUGCUGUCGCUUCCUAACUGGCUAGCUAGCUAGCUAACCUAAACCCGCUAACUUCACCAGUUUGAGGCGGUUUAAGGGACGAACAGUGUGGGGAAAGCGGGGCCUGCGGCUAGUACGACUCGGUUUACAGCUGCCCUGGAGAGCUUAGCACCCCGGUUUAUUUUCCGGAGCAACAUCCUGCUAAGAUGGACAACCUGAGUGAAGCCCUGGAGAAGCUGAAGCUAGCGUCUACAGACAGCGCCACGGACAGCGUGGAGAGCUGUCUGGACUGCCUGCUCAAAGCGCUUGCCAACAACAACACCGAGGCCAGUGUGAAGAUCCAGGAGAUGGGCGUUCUUCCCUUGCUCCCUAACCUACUAAACCCCCAGUCUUCCUGUACUCCUAAAGUAGCCAACGUCAUAGCUGAGGUGGCCAAAAACGAGUUCAUGCGGAGUCCCUGUGUUGAAGCUGGCCUCAUCCCUCCUCUAAUUCAGCUGUUAAACUCCACCGACCAGGAGUUGUUACUGCAGACCGGCCGAGCUCUUGGCAAUAUCUGUUAUGACAGCCAUGAGGGCAGGAGUGCAGUUGACCUGGCAGGAGGGGCUCAGAUAGUAGCUGAACACAUUAAAUCCCUCUACCAAAAUACUGAGCCGGAAAAUGAGAAGCUCUUGACUGUCUUUUGUGGCAUGCUGAUGAACUAUAGCAAUGAUAAUGAUUCCUUACAAGCCCAGCUGAUCAAUAUGGGUGUGAUUCCCACUCUGGUGACGCUGCUAGGCAUCCAUUCCCACAACACAGCCCUGACAGAGAUGUGUCUAAUUGCCUUUGGGAAUUUGGCUGAGCUUGAGUCCAGCAAAGAGCAGUUUGCCUCCACCAACAUUGCUGAGGAGCUGGUGCAUCUCUUCCAAAAGCAGACAGAACAUGAGAAGAAGGAAAUGAUUUUUGAGGUCCUGGCUCCACUUGCAGAAAAUGAUGUGAUAAAGCUGCAGCUGGUGGAGGCGGGCUUGGUGGAGUGUCUGCUGGAGGUGGUGGCUCACACUGUGGAUGGGGAGAGGGAGGAGGACAUCGCCCAACUCAAGACUGCCUCCGACCUCAUGGUUCUCCUUCUCCUGGGAGAUGAGUCCAUGCAGAAGCUGUUUGAGGGAGGAAAGGGCAGUGUCUUCCAGCGGGUCCUGUCCUGGAUACCAUCUCAUAACCAUCAGCUGCAGCUGGCGGGGGCUCUGGCUAUUGCCAAUUUUGCUCGCAACGAUGGGAAUUGCAUCCACAUGGUGGACACUGGUAUUGUGCAGAAGCUUCUGGAGCUGUUGGAUCGGCAUGUUGAGGAAGGCAAUGUCACAGUUCAACACGCAGCUCUCAGCGCCCUGAGGAACCUGGCCAUACCUGUGGUAAACAAAUCCAAGAUGCUGUCAGCAGGCGUAGCAGACGUGGUGUUGAAGUUCUUGCAAUCAGAGAUGCCUCCAGUCCAGUUUAAACUCUUGGGAACAUUACGUAUGCUCAUCGAUACACAAGCUGAAGCCGCUGACCAGUUGGGAACCAAUGUGAAACUGGUGGAGAGACUAGUGGAGUGGUGUGAAGCCAAAGAUCACGCGGGAGUGAUGGGCGAGUCCAACAGGCUCCUGUCAGCCCUCAUUAGACACAGCAAGUCCAAGGAAGUCGUCAGAACUGUCAUCCAGGGAGGAGGAGUCAAGCAUUUAGUUACCAUGGCAACUAGUGAGCACAUGAUUAUGCAGAAUGAAGCACUGGUGGCUUUGGGUCUCAUAGCAGCACUGGAUUUGGUUGCAGCUGAGAAGGACUUUGUUGGAGCCAACCUGGUGUCAGUGCUUCACAAGCUGCUGUCAGAUGAGAGGAGUGCUCCAGAGAUCAAGUACAACUCUAUGAUCCUCAUCUGUGCAGUCAUGGGCUCAGAGCCUCUUCACAAAGAAGUCCAGAGCCUGGCGUUCAUCGACGUGGUGUCCAAGCUGAGGGCUCAUGAAAACAAGACGGUAUCACACCAGGCAUCGCUCACAGAGCAGCGACUAACUGCCCAGAGCUAAAUGACUGUGUCCAAGACCCACCCACCCAACCACCCACUUAAACGCCUGCCUGACCACCUAAUCACCCAAUGACACCUCAUGACUGCUCUCCCCUGUGCCCCAUUGUCAUGUGCCAAGGUACCAUGUCGCGUUAACUGCCAGCCAGACAUAGAGUUCUGUCUCUACCCUCGACCCUCUGCCCUGCUCACCUCUAUUAGGGUUAGACUGAUGUGGGUUUUAGAACGCCAGUACUUUAUGCUUCUAUUCAAAUCAUAAAUCUGAGCUUUUUCUAAUAGAAUUUUUAUUUUGACGAGAAUUUACCCAGAGUUAAAUACUUGUUAGGGUGGAAAAGCCUCUGAAACUGUUUUUAGACUACCAUGGGACACCAAAACUCUCCUCUGAAAGCCAUAAUAACGAGAUUUAUUUAGGUAGGUUAGCAGGUCCUUAAGGCAGGGUGAGGCAGGCUUCAUUUCAGGCUUUACAGACUGACACCCCUUAAAUGCUCAAUAGAGUGAUUUGUCUAGAGGUCGACACCACUGACUUGCUGGUAUGUUUUUGUUUGUUUUUUUUAAAUUGAUGCAUCAGUCUAGCCCUAGUCCCCACCUCUACUUGUGCAUGCCUCUUCUGCUACAAGUAGCUCCACAGGAGCUGAGGCGCCAUAGACAGCCUAACGCAAUAGAUUAAGAGACGACACUCUUUUACGACCAUAGCUGUGAUCCCAUCUGCCGGUAACCCACCAGUGAAAAUGUGCACAAAAGAACAAAAAAAAUGACCUUCCUGUCGUGAUUUUCUUUCAUUUUUAAGAAAAAGCAGCCAUCCAUGAUGUGCCCAGUUGUGUCUCAUGUAGCUCAAGUAUAAAUUGACUAGAAACUGUGCAUGUUUUAGUCCUGUUGGUGUGCCAGUGUUCACUUUACCUCUCUACCGCUCGCAUACUCCAAACUACAGCGUGCCCUCUUCUACUAACACCUCCAGUCUUGUUUUUGCACUUGUUCUUUAAGACUUGGAUCUAGAGAUUUUAUUCAGAUUUUUAAUUCCACGGUUGUCCAAACACAUUCCCCCUGGUCCAACAGCUGUACAGUGAAGAUAGAGGCUCCAUAAGUUUCCAUGCCAUUGCUGAAAGAGAAUCAUGCAAGAACCAGGUGAAGCAAAUGUAGUGAAGAACAGGGCUGUAGUCAAGGUUGCCAUUGUUAGUUGAAUUCAGUUCUGCUCCAAGACUUGAGUGUAGCCAAGUUAAUGUCAAGACAAGGUAAAAAUAGGAAACUGAAAGUGUGUCUUUUCCAAUGGAAAUGUAAUGCUUUAUAAAUUUAACCGUCAACAAGAGACGUACAACUCUGUUCGCCUUCAUCCAAUGCUGUCUUAUAAUAUGUAUCACAGUCUUGAAUUGCCAUAUCUCAGAUGUUUUAGUUACUGAACGGCUCAUAAGAUUGAUUAUGGUAAGAAUCCUUGAAAUACGAACACACCAGAUGGUAGCCAAUAUUCUUAGCAAGAUAUAAAGUGGGGAAAAAACAAUGUCAGGUGGGUGCAAAGUAGAGCCCAACCAAUAUAUCGGUCGACCGAUGUAACGGUAUAUUGGCCUGUGACAGACAUAUCGGUAUCCAGGUAUAUGAGGUCCAAUAUGCGCCGAUAUGAUAACUUUUUAUUACAGAACAUAAUGGCAGAAAAGGAUGCUUGGGGUAAUUUAGAAAUAGUGUCAUCACAGUUUGUCCAGCAGAGUGCACUCUGACUCCCCUGUUAACAAUGCUCUCAGCACUGUGUGCAGCACAUGUAGCAGAGUACGCGUCCCAUCUGAACAUACGAUGGUGUAGAGUCGAGCGGUGUCUUCACGGUAGGUUGUUAACUAGAAAUACGUUGCUGGAUAUAUAUAAUAUGUAUAUAUGUAUAAAAACUCCCUAAAAUUGGUAUCGGCAUCAGCUCCAAAACUUCAGUAUCGGUCAGGCUUUAGUGCAAAGUAAUAAAAAAUGUGAUUUAGCCUGACUAAGGAAGACACCAUGUAAAAUAAAAGAUGGCGCAAGAUGUCUUUUUUGCCAGUCUUUGAUUUCAGAUGGUUAGUAUUGACUUGAAUUAGAGACCUUUCUUGGUCAGACUAAAUCUUGUGUUUUGUUUUUCCACCCGCCUGACAGUUUUCUCCCACUGUAUACAUUGCUGAGAAAGUAGGUAAUUUAACAUCAGUCCAAUCAAUGCAUCAAAGGCUGACACACUGCUUAGGUAAGUCUUUCAUUUGUGGUGCUGUGGACAGAAUUCAAGAAAAUAUCAAUAAAAGGUCAUUUUUUUAAAUAUUUUUAGAUGAACAGAAAAUGGGAGAAUUAGCUCUCAAGAGAAGCUAAGAACAAGUUAAAGUCAAAGUUGGCAUGAGACUAAGAUAGAAAAGUAGGCUGAAGAACUUCGGCAUAACAUCAAGAUUUACUCCCUGAUCCUGUUUUAUAACACAAUAAUGCCCCAAAAGCUCUGUUUAAAAAAAAAAACUAAAAAAAAAAAAAAAGCAGGCUGUGUAAUUUGAACAUUAUGAAAUAAAGCAGGCACCAUUCCUACAAGUGUGUGUGUACGGUUUGUAUGUGUGUGUUCGUGAAUGCACAGCGUGGGUUAGGCAGCCUGGAGCAAAGUCUGGGAUCUUGUGAGAACAGGUAAUGAAUGCAAACACAGAUGACUGUGUCGCUGUAUUUUGGCUGUUGAACCCCCCCCCCCCAACCACGGCCACAGCAGCACCAAUUCCUCCAGAGGACAGGUCUCUCUUAUGUGUGGCGGUUGGCUCCUCUAAUCAACGGGAUUUCUGCUAACAUGCAUAUCUCAGCAUGUCCAACACUGUACUGACACCCUGUUAACAUGCCACGGUGUGUUUCCUGGUCUGGGCCCACACUUUUUUUUAAAAAGGUAUGAAUGGUUAUUUAUCAGAUUUGUGCUCUACUAAAGACACAUGCCAGUGGAGAUGUAUCCAUAGUAACUACGUAAAAUACUAUAAACUUAAAUGUUUGUUGUAAAUGUCAUGAGUUGUACAUUUGGAGGACUGUAACUCAACAGAUAAUUAAAGAUGAU